CGUUCAAAUGAGCUACUUCGUUGGGAAGAUGAGCCUGUUUUGUCUGAGCGGAGCCUGUUUGCUGGUGACCCUGGUGAGCGCAGGCUCCACUCCGGCUCCUGCAGCCGCAGCCUCGCCCCCCUUCACCCCCAGCUCCUGCACGACGUGCGGGCUCGGCCCGCAGGACGAGCCCGGCAAGGCGGACCCGCUCUUCCUGGAAGCCGUCAAGAGGCACAUCCUGAACCGGCUGCAGCUGCGGGAGAGGCCCAACAUAACGCACCCCGUCCCCAAAGCGGCGAUGGUCACGGCUCUGAGGAAGUUGCACUCCGGGAAGAUGAGGGAGGAUGGCCGGCUGGAGAUCCCGAACCUGGACGGGCAUGCCACCUCAAACUCCAAGAAGGAACUGCAGGAACAGACCUCGGAGAUCAUCAGUUUCGCUGAGACAGAUGAGCUGGCUUCAUCCAAAUCACGCCUGUACUUUCUGAUUUCGAAUGAGGGGAACCAAAACCUCUUCGUCCAGCAGGCCAAUCUGUGGCUCUAUUUGAAACUGCUGCCGUCCAAGGCGGAGAAGGGCAGCCGGCGCAAAGUGACGGUGAGAAUCCAUUACCGAGAGGCCGGGAGCGCCAGCAAGUGGGCAUCGGUGGAAAAGAGGGUCGAGUUGAAGCGGAGCAGCUGGCACACAAUCCCCAUGACGGAGACCAUCCAGGCUCACUUCGAGAGGGGGGAGAGGAGGCACGACCUGGAAGUGGAGUGCCAGGGCUGCGGGGGCUUGGCCGUGGCCCCCAUCCUGGUGGAGAGCUCGGACGAGUCCCAUCGGCCCUUCCUGGUGGUGCAAGCCCGGGCGCUGGACCCCAAGCACCGGAUCCGCAAGCGGGGGCUGGAGUGCGACGGCAGGACCAGCCUGUGCUGCCGGCAGCAGUUUUACAUCGAUUUCCGACUGAUUGGCUGGAACGACUGGAUCAUCGCCCCGACCGGUUACUACGGCAACUACUGCGAGGGGAGCUGCCCGCCUUACAUGGCCGGGGCGCCAGGUUCCGCCUCGUCCUUUCACACGGCCGUGGUGAAUCAGUACAGAAUGAGGGGCAUGAACCCCGGCUCCAUGAACUCCUGCUGCAUCCCCACUAAACUCAGCACCAUGUCAAUGCUGUACUUCGACGACGAGUACAACAUUGUGAAGAGGGAUGUGCCCAAUAUGAUUGUGGAGGAGUGCGGCUGUGCGUGAGGGGACUUUCCAUGUGGUGUGUUAUUUUUUUUCUAUUUUUUUUUAAAAAAAGGACACUUUCGGGUGGUUUGCUGCACACUUUUAACGACACUCAGU